AUGAGAUCGCUAACGUACCUUCUGUCAUCGCUGUUCUUGCAACAUGCAUCUGCCUUUCAACAUCACAUUGUAUCUUGCAAAGUACGAACCGUAGCGCAACAAUCAUUACCGACCAGUGGCGUUCAAUACCUGCAUCAGAGGAAUAAGGUAGUAGCAUUCCACAAAAAUACGCCGGUGCCCUUGUUUGCUUCAGGGGGAUCAGACGAAGAAGAUCGUAUAGGUGAUGCCGCCGAUGCUAUUCAGAAGAAGGUAGAUGAAACUAGCGAUGCUUUUGAAGAGAAGGUAGAUGAAACUGGUGAUUCAAUACAAAAGAAAGCAGAUGAAACUCGCGAUUCUUUUGACAAGAAAGUAGAUGAAACUCGCGAUUCUAUUCAAAAGAAAGUUGAUGAAACUAGUGACGCUAUUGAAAAGAGAAGAGAUGAAACUGAUGAUGCCAUUGAAGAGAAACUAGAGGAAUAUGGCUAUGUCAGUGAAAAGAAACUGAAAGGUCGCAAGAAGCGGGUGAUUAUGGGGUACAAAGCCAUCAUAUCAUCCUAUGUGGCUCUGGCUGGAUUUGUAUUGACCAAAGGAGGAAUCUCCAAGUUUCCUCUGUUUUUCACCUUUGGAAAUCUUUCUCUGCCCAUUGGAAUUGCCUACAUAUUAAAGAAGGCGGCAGAGAAUGAUCGACUAGGCAGCGAUACCUACAAGCGCCUCAAUUUGGGAUUGUUGCAAUAUGGUCUUCUGGGAGGUCUUACAGUCGGAAUUGCUGCAACUACGCAACAAACGAAUCCACUUGCAUACCUCCCAUUUGUCUUGUCCAUGAUAAACUCUAUCAAAGGUUACGCUUAUGGUGUUCUAGGAUGGGACAAAAAGAGUUCAGACUCGAGCCUAAUGCAAGAUUUUGGUGGAUUGAUCAAGGCCACCAACCAAGCAUUGAUCACGAAACCAAAAACGGUUCAAUCGGUAUGCUAUCUAGUGGCAUCAUUGCUCGUUGGAACUCUCAAGAUUACUAAGGCGGUAGAUAUGGUCAAAAUCAUUCGAAAUGGUGGUGGUUUGCCCAGUUUGUCACCGGUCCUGUCACAGUACAACCGAUUGGCCUUCUUGACAAUUGCCUUGGUCACUCUGAAAGAUGCUUGUGAUCGUGAUAGAUUAUCAGGUACAACAUUCAUUCAAAUAAACUACUUGGGAGGCUUGAUUAUGGCCGCCAACAGUGCCUUUAUGGGGGGAUUGACGACUAGAUUGGGGGCAACCGCAGCUUUGCUAUCUUUGUUUCUGACUCUGAGUGGUUUGUCAUCGUACUUGGAACGCAACAAAGCAUAG